AUAAUGCGACAACGGUUGUUUGCGGAGGACGGAAAUAUAGAUUUUGUAAGUGCAGUAAGACUAGCGACGUCAUUAGAAGCAGCAGAGCGAGAUGCAGCGGCGGUGGAGGCGGGAAGCGGGUCAGAGGUGUUGGAAAAUGCCAAAGUGCACAAAAUAUCGGCGCAGGUAACGGCCCGGGGACAAAGCGUACGCGGAAGCGGCGGGCGUCACACGCGACCGGGUCGCGGCGGCGCGGUCUGGAAAGGCGCACAUAAGGUUGCGGUGGUGGAAACGCAGCUUCCGAAUCGUGUCAACAACGAUUCCUGCAAGGGCUGUGGGUCGACGAGUCAUCUAUAUGAGGGGUGUAGAUUCCGAUAUUUCGUCUGCAGCAGGUGCAAAAAUGCGGGUCAUCUGCGCCGGAUGUGUCCGAAAGCAGCUCGUGGAUCAGUGCGUGGUGAAUACUAUAGUGAUAGGAAGUUCCACUAUGGGGAGGUCGAUGUUAGCGAUCGAUCAUCGGAGGAGGUGGAGGACGCCAGCAUGGAUUUACAUCACUUAAAUUUGCGGGAUUACAAGGCGGUAUAAGAAUUUGUUCGACGGUAGCCUGGGGAAGUUCACGGGGGGCAAGGCAACGCUACGGGUGCGGGAAGGGGCGGCGCCGGUAUUCCAUCGCGCGCGCCCAUUGCCAUUUGCGCUGCGCGAGCGCGUCGACGCCGAGAUUGACGCGAUGCUUCGCGAUGGAAUAAUUGAACCAGUCGAUUGUUCGGAGUGGGCAUCACCACUAGUCCCCGUAAAUAAGUCGGAUGGGGCACUCAGGGUUUGUGUAGACUAUAAGACUACUGUUAACCCGGUUUUGCUGGUCGACCGGUAUCCGUUACCCAGAAUUGACGAUGUACUGGUAGUAUUAAAUGGCAGUCAGUAUUUUAGUAAAAUCGAUUUAUCUCAAUCGUAUAAUCAAAUUGAGUUGGAUGACUCUAAAAAGUACACCGUUAUUAACACUCAUCGGGGCUUAUUUAUAUAUAACCGUUUAGUUUUUGGGCUAUCGUCCAGUCCAGGGAUAUUCCAGCGUAUUAUGACAAAUUUACUUACAGGUAUACCUAAUGUGGCGGUGUUCAUUGAUGAUGUCAUAAUAGGGGGCCAAACGGAAUUAGAACAUUUAGAAGCUUUGGAAAUGGUAUUCAAGCGCCUAUUUGACAGUGGCUUAAGAUUAAAAAAAUCGAAAUGCGUUUUUAUAGCUCAGGAGGUAUCGUAUUUAGGAUAUAUAAUUUCAAAGGAUGGUAUAAAGGCAGACCCCGCGAAAAUCGAAGCGAUCGUAAAAAUUCCUAGACCAAUAAAUGUCUCUGACUUACGUU